ACUCGCCGCAAAACGAACACUCCUCUAAAUGAAACUCCUAGUCCACCAAAGCUGAGCAACAUCCGUAAAGCUCCUAUUCGAAAGAUCAAUCAGCUUCCACCACCUCCUAACCUUUGAUCCACCGAAAAAACUUCAUAGCCAAAGAACUGAACUGACUCCCGAUCUUAAAUCAAAAGUGAUCGGCCCACCAGACUUCGAGACUCAAUCGAAAGGGCGCCCCUCACGCUGGUCCACUAGAGAAACACCAUAACCAACCAAACAAGAUUGCAUCUAGACCUCAACUCCCGAUCUCGAAGCAAAAGUAACCGCAACACACAAUAAUUAGUAAUUUAUUGAAAAUCAAUUUUGUCUAAUCUUCAUCUUCUUCAAUUCCCUUUAUCAAACGCAUCCCAAAAAACAAAAUCUACAUACACUUCUUUUUCAAUAAUACUUACCCUAUCUCAAUAAUAACCUCAUCACAGUCCCGUCAAAUUCAAACCCAUAGAUUUAAAAAAGCAUAAACCCCAAUAUCAAUUAAAUCACGUUUAUACUGUCUGAACACAGAACCAAACAAGGGAGAAGAAAAUGCAGCAAAGAAAAUCCACGUUGGGAAGACCUUCUGGAACCGAUGGUUCUGAUUAUUCCUACCGCAUGGUAGUUGAUUCAAGGUAUCAACUUGUUGCAAAGGGGAAGAAACGUCUCUCUGUGUUAUUUAUCGUUGAGGCUUUGUUUCUGUUAAUAGGAGUGAUAUUUGCAUUUUUACCAGGAACAAAAGAGGAUACGCCAAAUACAGUUGCCAUUUCUUCUGUUAUUGCUAGCGUUGUUUUGUUGAUCAUUGCGGAUAUAGGUAGAAGACGAAGCCGGUCGAGUUUGUUGAGAUUAUAUGCCGUUCUAUCUUUCCUAGCAAAUCUUCUCUUCACUGCUUCUCUUGCUAACCAGUAUUCCCUACUGAAGGUUAUCCAUUAUCUUAGUAAUCGGGGAACAAGCAACGUUGAUUUUCCUAGUCUUCAAGCCGGUUUGUUGGUUUAUAUACUCACUCUAUCCUUGUUCAAGAUUAUUACCAUCAAAGCAGUCAAUUUCCUUCUUUUUAACAUGACACCUCCCAAGAAAGCCUCUUAGCCUCAUGGAUUUAUUUCCCAUUGAUCUGUAUCAAUAUGUAUUCUGAAUGAUUUAGGGAAUCUGACUUAAGAUCUUUUAGAAUUUUCCCUGCAAAUUGUUUUAAAGACAUUGGCUGAUUUUAUGGAAAUUUUUGUUAUUGUAUUGAGUUUAUCAUUUAAGUCUAGAGAGGUCCUAUUGAACUGUUACAAUAUAAACUCAAACUAGUACUCAAGACUUGUUUGUAAUGAAACUAGUGAUGAAAUUUAUAGAUUAAACCACCAAUUUUGAACUUUAA